AUGGGUGACGUAGACAACAUCAACGAAAACGUCAAAGAUAUGGCACCUCCUGUGCCUGAGGCUGUACUAUAUGACUGGGCACAACCCACAGCUGACAAUAUGGCCACUACCAUUGUUGUGCCCACGAUACAAGCUGAAUCGUUCCAGAUCAUGAACAACAUGCUACACUUGCUGCAAAACAAGGGACUAUUUUCUAGGAUACCAGCCGAAGAUCCUCAGCAACACUUGAAGAACUUCCUGUCGAUUUGCAAAACUCAAAGGCAACCCAAUGUAACUCUGGAAGCAAUUAGGCUGUUAUUAUUUCCAUUCUCGGUGACAGGAGCUGCUCAAGUCUGGCUAAACUCACUCCUCAUAAACUCUAUAGAAACUUGGGAUGAGUUAGUCAAGCAAUUUCGCAUCAAGUUCCACCCGCCCAACAAAAUAGCUCAACAAAUUGAUGAGAUCAUGAGCUUUAAACAGAAACCAAUGGAGACACUGCAUGAGACAUGGAGCCGGUUUAAAGGAAUGUUGGUUAUAUGUCCACACCAUGGUAUUCCAAAUCAGAUGUUGGGACAACGAUUUUACAUGGGACUGUCAGAUAGCAUGAAGAACAUUGUAGAUGCCUCAGCUGGUGGGGCAUUUUUGAGCAAAACUUGGAGAGAAGGUCAGAGUCUGCUUGACAAAAUGGCUCAGAAUUCGGGGUGGACGACGAGAAAUGCACCUAUCACUCCAGUGGUGCACUCAGUUCCUUUUGACACAUCAAAUUCCAUGGCUGAAAAUCUGGUGACCCUCUUGACACAGAUGAGCAUACUCACCAAAAAGGUGGAGGAAUCAGGGCAAAAACAGCAAGUGCACAUUGUAGAUACUACCAAUGGGGGCUUGUGCACAUCUUGCAUUAAUCAGCCAGUUGGUAAUCCUUGGAAUGCAGAACAUGAUCAUCAUUAUCAGCACCCUGGAGACAUGAACUAUGUGUCAAACUAUGGAGGCCAGAGACGGGGCAAUCAGAACUGGGGUCAGCAAACUCAGCAUCCAUAUAGACCACCUCAGCCACAGUACAACGCUGGAAGCAUGGGAGGUAUGAGACCUCCCAACAAUAUGACACCUUAUCCAAGGCCACAGGGGUACAACAAUCAGCAGCAAGGGUAUCCCUCACCUCAGCAACAGCAUGGUGGAAGGCAAGAAGAUGGGUUCACUAGACUUGAAGCAAUGAUGCAACAUGUUAUUGGGUCCAAUGCAAAAAUAAAUGAAAGAGUAGAUGCACAGGACGCAGCAAUCAAAAAUAUUGAAGUGCAAUUGGGCCAAAUUUCAAUGUCUCUGAACAAUCGUCCUCAAGGGACAUUACCUACAGACACCCAGAUUAAUCCAAAAGAUCAGGCCCAAAGCAGCUGA